UUGCGGCGAUGUUGACCGCACGCCGCAACUUUGUGUCUUCCGGCCGUUAUAAAGGAACGAGGAAAGAACGUUAGAUCAUUGUCGACUUGACGAUGUGCGAGCGUCACCGCCGGUAAUUUCAGUUUGACCCCGUGUGUCUCGAGCUAAUCAUGAGGUUUCUCGCUUUGGUGUGUUUCGCUAUGGUUUCGACAUGCACAACCCAUUGGUACGAUAACGAAUACAGCAACGUAUGGCGGCCGCACCAAGGUUACACCACAGGAUGCUCAGACAAAGUUAUGCAAUUGCGCCGUCAGAUGAAAGAGGUAAAAUGUACGCCGAGGGAUACUAUAGUAAAAUUGGAACCGAAACCGGGCUUCAUCUUUUACCCGAAUUACGCACGCGUGAAGAGAUGCGGCGGCUUUUGCGUUAGAAGCAAGUCAUGCAUGCCAGUCGCUCACAACAUGACGAAAGUCGCCGUACAAAUGCAUGGAUACAACACCAAGGAAUGUUACAACGUGUUGGUCGAAGAGCACACCAAGUGCAAGUGUCACUGCAAUGUGAAGGAAAACGACUGUAACGUUCACCAGCAAUAUUCGGAAGAUAAUUGCGCGUGCGAAUGCAUGAACAAACAAGUGUGCGAUAAUCGGCGUCACAUGAUCUGGGACAACGCAACGUGCAAGUGUGUUUGUAACAAGCCCGAGGAAGUGUGUUCGAGCGGACUCGAAUGGGUUCCUUCUCGUUGCGGAUGCGCCAAGGUCAUGGAAAUGUUAUAUGACAAGAAAAAUGUGGAAAUGCCAAGAUGAUGAACUCGAUUCAUACAAUCUUCAAGAUUCUGAUAACCCUCAAGUACUUUAUUUAAUAAAGAUGACGAUGAUUACAUACGUCUCUCGUCUGUAAUAUUUUGUACUUCGAUUUAUUCAUGUACAAUAAAGUCCUAAGCGUAUUCUUCCUCCAACUA